GUGUGCUGCCACCCAUCGCUGGCCUCUGCACACACCCGCAUUCUGCCUUGUAAGCUCAGACUUUUACCCCCUGAUAGCAGAUUCUGAGUUUUAUUAUUAAGACUAAAGGAAUCCAUGCUACACCUACAAUACGACAAGGAUCCCAUUCUGCAAGCGGGAAACAGGGUCCCAACUGCUGUGGGCAGGCAUUGUUGCAGAUUGGGAUAAACAUGAUGGCCCUGCCUGGAGGUCACCACCUGGAUCCCAUUCCUCUGCAAGGGCAGAGGCUACACUUCAUGCAGGUGGACUCAGUUCAGCGCUGGAUGGAGGAUCUGAAGCUCAUGACCGAGUGUGAGUGCAUGUGCGUCUUGCAGGCAAAGCCCAUCAGCUUGGAGGAAGACACACAAGGUGACCUUAUCCUAGCAGGUGGUCCUGGCCCAGGAGACCCACUACAGUUGCUCCUGAAGCGGGGCUGGGUCAUCAGCACAGAGCUUCGCAGGAUCGGGCAGAAGCUGGCCCAGGACCGAUGGGCACGUGUGCACAGUAUGAGUGUGCGUCUGACAUGCCAUGCACGCUCCAUGGUCAGCGAGUACAGCACCAUCAGCAGGACCUCCUCACAGGAAAUGGGCCAGGCAGAGAAGCUGCUCAUGGAGAAAUGUUCUGAGCUCUCUGCAGUCACCCAGAGGUGCCUCCAGGUGGAAAAUGAGCAUGUCCUGAAGUCAAUGAAGGCCUGCGUGAGUGAGACUCUGAGCAUGCUGGGCCAGCACUUUGGCCAGCUACUGGAGCUGGCUCUGACACGGGAAGUGCAGGCACUUGUGAGAAAAAUCGAUACCUCAGAUAAUAUCUACAUCAUGGAGUCUACCACAGGGAACCUGUUCAGCCUGACCCAGGAGGGGGCUCCUUUGUGCCGCAUCAUAGCCAAGGAAGGUGGGGUUGUAGCCCUCUUCAAGGUUUGCCGGCAGGACAGCUUCCGGUGCAUGUACCCCCAGGCGCUGCGCACACUCGCCUCUAUCUGCUGUGUAGAAGAGGGUGUCCAUCAGCUGGAGAAGGUAGAUGGCAUCCUGUGUUUGGCCGACAUCUUGACUGAUGACAGCCACUCAGAGGCCACUCGAGCUGAGGCUGCAGCCGUGGUGGCCCAGGUUACCUCCCCACAUCUGUCCUUCACCCAGCACCUCACUAGCUUCCUGGAGAACAUGGAGGAGAUUGUGACAGCCCUCAUCAAACUGUGCCAAGAGGCCUCAUCAGGGGAAGUCUUCUUGCUGGCCUCUGCGGCCCUUGCCAACAUCACCUUUUUUGACAAAAUGGCCUGUGAGAUGCUUCUACAGUUGAAUGCCAUCCGUGUCCUCCUGGAAGCCUGCAGUGACAAGCAGAGAGUGGACACACCUUACACUCGGGACCAGAUUGUGACCAUCUUGGCAAACAUGUCUGUGCUGGAGCAGUGUGCCUCUGACAUCAUUCAGGAGAACGGUGUCCAGCUCAUCAUGGGCAUGCUGUCUGAGAAGCCAAGGUCUGGGACGCCUGCAGAAGUCGCGGCUUGUGAAAGGGUACAGCAGAAAGCUGCAGUGACUCUGGCCCGCCUCUGUCGAGACCCACAUGUGGCCCAGGAAGCUGUGCGACUCAGCUGUAUUUCUCGCCUUAUUGAGCUCUGCAGAUCCCCAUCUGAGAGGAACAGCAGCGAUGCUGUGCUUGUGGCCUGCCUGGCUGCUCUGCGUCGGUUGGCUGGGGUCUGCCCUGAAGGCCUCCAGGACUCUGAUUUCCAGCAGCUGGUCCAGCCUCGGCUUGUGGAUUCCUUCUUGCUGUGUAGCAACAUGGAGGAGAGUUUUGUGUAGUGUGGAAGAGGAGGCACACUGCACACCUCUCAGAACACGCUGGCUCCCCUCACCUCUUUAUUUAUAUGUAAUUUAUUAUUUUUAUUUUUACAUGAAAUAGAUAGGGAAGUCUUCAUCAGUGAGCAGAUGAUGUGGUUCUCGGGAAUCAUUUUGCAUGUUUCUUUUCUUCCUGUGACUGUGGGGAUGCAGAAGUUGAAUCAUGUUAAUGCUAACAUGACAGGUUGUCACAGGUGAUUCCCCUUGAUAACACUUUCUUCUAAGCAUAUAUUCUUGCCCAUUAAAAAAGAAAAAGAAAAAACAACAACUUUGAACCAGGGUAUCUUAACUGCCCAGCAUUUUUAAAAAGCUAGUUAUACUCUUUUCAGAAAUUUAAAGUGAAUUUCACAGUUGGACAGAUAUACUAUAAGGAAAUGUUUGUCUUUAAUAAAUGGAAUUAUGAAA